AACCACUGCCGGCUUAGUACCGCGAUGGCCCUCUUCAAAGUCGCGUUUUUGGGCGCAGUUGCGCUUGCCUUAGUAGCUGGGGAGUUACGAUUCCCGCUGGGGAAAACCGGAAUCGAUGCGGACGUGAAGCAGACGAUUGCUCCACUCCAGGAGGUCGACGAGAGUUACCGGCUUCCGUCGGAUUCCGUUCCGACCCACUACACGAUCCACCUGCGGACAACGGUCCACGAAGGCGAUAGGCCUUUUCAGGGAAGCGUCGAGAUUCACCUGAAUGUGGUCAACCCAACGGAUAAAAUUGUCGUGAAUAACCGCGAGCUGGUGAUCACUUCGGCUGUGCUGUACCGAGUGCAAGAUGAUGUUCUGGCCGAGAUCGAUCGACCUGUUCCGGAGAAUGACGAAACCAGACAACUGCUGACCUUCCAGUGUGCGAUGCAGCUUGGAGUUGGCGCUUACGUGUUGAAGGUCGAAUACAACGGAAAUUUGCAAAGGGACUCUCCAAGCGGAUUCUUCCGCAAGUAUUACCGCGAUGAGAAUAACCGUGAUCGCUACCUGGCUUCCACGCAGUUUGAACCAACCCGUGCCCGGAUGGCCUUCCCAUGUUACGAUGAACCAACGCUGAAGGCUACGUUUACCGUUUCAAUAACUCACCACAAAACGUAUAACGCCGUGUCCAACAUGCCGGUUGAAGCGCUGGUAGAGGACACUGACGAUCCGGAGUUCGUAACUACCACCUUCGAGAAGUCACAGAUCAUGUCGACGUACCUGCUGGCAUUCGUCGUCUCGGACUUUGAAACCAGAACCUACGGAAUGCAGCUGAUCCACGCACGACCGAACGCCAUCGAAGAGACCGCGUUCGCGCUUGAAGCCGGCGAGAAGACGCUGCUCGAGCUGAGCUUGUACACGGACAUUUCGUACUACAACUACAUGCCAAAGCUGGCCCAGAUCGCCAUCCCGGACUGGGGCUCCGGAGCGAUGGAAAACUGGGGCUUGGUGACCUACGGCGAGCCGGCACUGCUGUUCAACCCAGAGAUCAACACUUACCGCACCAAAAAGGGCAUCGCAACGGUCAUUGCCCACGAGUACGCUCACCAGUGGUUCGGUAAUUUGGUGACCACGGAUUGGUGGAAGUACAUCUGGCUAAACGAAGGAUUCGCCACGUUGUACGGAUACUACGGCGCUCAUUUGGCCUAUCCGGAGGAGGAGUACAUGGACCUGUUCCAGCUGGACGUGCUGCAGCUUGCUCUUGGACCGGACUCGACUGAAGCAACGCGACCAAUGAACUGGAAUGCGGCUACACCCGGCGAAAUUUCCGGCCUGUUUGAUCGAGUUGCCUACGAAAAGUCUGGAAGCGUGCUGAACAUGUUCCGCACCGUCCUCGGGGAUGCCAACUGGAGAACCGGUCUCAAGACGUACCUUUUGAGCCGCCAGCUUGCAGCUGCUACCGAUGAUGAUCUGUACGCCGCACUACAAAGCGCCAUAUCGGGCAAGCGCAUGAUCCCCGAUACGAUGACGGUGAAGGAGGUCAUGGAGUCGUGGACCAAUGCUGCUGGAUACCCGGUGCUGAAUGUUCGAAGAAACUACCAGUCCAAGGAGUUGAUCCUGUCCCAGGAUCGUUUCCUAGCGGAUAAGAAGCUUCCCAGCGAUCACGUUUGGUACAUUCCGUACAAUUUGGCUGAUCAGCGCGAUCCGAACUUUGAGCUGAACCAUUUCCUGUGGCUGACGACCAAGGCUGCCAAGGUUCUGGUUGGUACCGAGCCCGAACAUUGGCUGAUCUUCAACCGACAGCAGUUUGGAUAUUAUCGCGUAAACUACGACUCUCGAAACUGGGAGAUGCUUACGGAAACUAUGGUGCGUACUCCUGAAGCAAUUCAUCACUACAAUCGUGCCCAGCUGAUUGAUGACGCGUUCAACCUUGCCAAAGCGGACCUGCUGGACUUUGGCGUUGUUCUACGAAUGCUUACGUCUCUCACCAACGACUACGAUUACCUCCCGUGGGCCGCAGGCAACAACGCGCUCAACUACCUGUACAACAAACUUCGCGGAACGGAGCAUUACGAGGGAUUCGUGUACUACGUUCACACACUGAUUGGCAACAUCUACACGUCACUCUCGGUCGUGACCGUCGACGAGCAGGAAACGCUGAAGCAGCGGUACCUCAAACAGCUCAUUUCAACGUGGGCCUGCCGAAUCGGCUAUUCUGAAUGCCUGGACAAGACCCACGAAGCGUUUAGUGCUGCCGUUCGGGACAACACCAAGGUGCAUCCGGAUGUCGCUACGGUAGUCUACUGUUACGGCAUGCACCGUGCAACAGAUGAGGAGUUCGUCGCAAUGUACAAGCGGAUGUUCAACUCGCAGAACAGUGCCGAACGAACGCUGCUGAUCGAUGCGCUGGGAUGUUCGCAAAGCAUGGAUCAGCUAGAUGCGUUCCUGACGACUUCGAUCGGUGCCGGAGUUGGAAUCGAGGUUAACUACUUCGAAGCGGAGCGUUCCCGAGUUCUGCAAGCCGUCUACUCGGCUUCCCGGACAGGAGUUGAUGCACUGAUCAAAUUUUUGGACGAUUGGGAUAUUGCCGACGAUCUGAUCUACUACUUGGAGCAACCGGUGUUCAACAGUGCCAUCGCAGCUAUUGCGGCUCGCACAAACACCGAGCAGGAGCUGAACCAGCUGAAGCAGCUUUUCGCGACCGUUGGAGAAAUGGCGCCCGAGAAUGUCGUCAGCGCUGCGCUGGAGACGGUUCAAUCCAACUUUGACUGGCACUCGAGCCUGGAAGGCGUGAUUGUGGCGGAGUUCCUGGAGAAGUACGCCGGGUGGGUUGAGGCUUAGAUGUACAAUCUCGCUGAAUAAACCAAGUUUGAUACUAAACAA